AUGGCCGGCCAGCAGCGCUACCUGCGCUACAUCGUCUUCGCUCUCGCCAUCAUUCUUCUCUUCUUCAUCUCGUCCUCCUCAUCCGUUCCAUCCGCGCAAUGGCCCUCAUACAAGGGCGACCAGAGUGCCGUCGCGGACCCGACCACAAAUAAGCCAGCAGCACCCCUGGCUGGCGCCGACAAGGACUCGACCGCGACCACGCCCAACACUCAGAAUGGACUUCCUCCGGCCACUGCCGGCGGCGAGCGCAUGAACGCAACCUUUGUGACCCUUGCCCGCAACUCAGACAUCUGGGAUAUCGCCGAAUCCAUCCGCCACAUUGAAGACCGCUUCAACCGCAAGUUCCACUACGACUGGGUCUUCCUCAACGACGAUGAUUUCAACGACGAAUUCAAGAAGAUCACCACUGCGCUUGUGUCUGGCACGGCCAAGUACGGCAAGAUUCCCAAGGAGCACUGGUCGUUCCCCGACUUCAUCGACCAGGAUCGCGCUGCCAAGGUUCGUGAGGAGAUGAAGGAAAAGAAGAUCAUCUAUGGCGACUCCAUCAGCUACAGGCACAUGUGCCGUUACGAAUCCGGCUUCUUUUUCCGCCACCCUUUGAUGCUGGAUUACGAGUGGUACUGGCGCGUUGAGCCCAGCGUCAAGUUGUUCUGCGACAUCGACUACGACACUUUCAAGUUCAUGGCCGAUCACAAGAAGAAGUACAGCUUCACCCUCAGCUUGUACGAAUACGUCGAGACCAUUCCCACCCUGUGGGAUGCUGUCAAGAACUUCACUUCCGUGUACCCUCAGCACGUUGUCGACGGCAACUCCAUGAAGUGGAUCAGCGAGGAUGACGGGAAGACGUACAACCACUGCCAUUUCUGGUCCAAUUUCGAGAUCGGUAACCUGAACUGGCUCCGCUCUCAAGCCUACAUCGACUACUUCACCUCUCUGGACCAUGCCGGUGGUUUCUUCUACGAGCGCUGGGGCGACGCGCCUGUCCACUCGAUCGCGGCCGCUCUUAUGCUCAAGAAGGAAGAAAUCCAUUUCUUCAACGACAUUGCCUACUACCACGUUCCCUUCACCCACUGCCCGACAGGCGAGCAGUACCGCUUGGACCACAAGUGCUCUUGCAACCCAAAGGACAAUUUUGACUGGAAUGGAUACAGCUGCACCGCUCGCUUCUACGAAAUCAACGGAAUGGACAAACCAGCAGGGUACGAAAAGGAGCAAUAA